AAUGACAAAUGUUUAUUUUCUCUCUUUUCAUAUAUAUUUUGGUUUAAUCGAUUAAAACAUAAUUGUUUAUGUGUAUGUUUGUUUAUUUUUUCAUCAAAAUGUAACCUAUCAUUGAAUUUUAUUAAAAAUGAGUAGAAAAUUUAUUUCAUAAGGUUUAAUCAGAUACUUUUUAUUUAAAUAAAUGUGUAUGUUUGUUUAUUUUUUCAUCAAAAUGUAAGCUAUCAUUGAAUUUUAUUAAAAAUGAGUAGAAAAUUUAUUUCAUAAGGUUUAAUCAGAUACUUUUUAUUUAAAUAAAUAUGAUAUAUGUCACUCUCUUUUUUCUUAUUUAUAUUUUUUUUAUUUAAAAAAAAUUAUUAUUUAUGUUUGUUUGGUUAAGUUUAUCAACAUGUAACUUAUUAUUAAAGACAAAAAAGAAUAAAUGGAUAAAUGAAAAAGAAUAAUUAGAUAAAAGAAAUGGAAAUAUUAAAGAAGAGAGAGGUAGCUCCAUAAAUACAUUAAUAACUAAUUUUUUGUUUGUAAAAAAGUUGCCCAACUUGGCAAAUUGUGAAUCCUCCAAGUGCUUAUGUGCCAAGAAUUUUUUUUUGAAUUGCCAUAAUAUAUAGUAUAGAUAGAUAGAUAGAUUUUAACAAUACUCAUAUUUUCUUUAUUUCAACUCGAACUUUUAUUUGCACAGAAUAACAUGAUUUAACAUGAUCUAUAUAACGAUACUAACUUUUGUAAAAUUUGAAAAAAUCAGUAUAAACAAAGACGUACUCAUACACAAGUGAUUUAUCAAACACAUGCAUUUAAUCAAUUGUGUUUGGUUAAACAAGUGUACAAUUCACUAAUAUUUUCAUGUGUGUUGUCACGUCAGAAACCGAUGUUGGAUAUAGUUUUUUCGCAUACAAAUAUUCGAUACAUUCUUUUAAUCUUUGGUGUAUUAUAAUUCUCUCACUGUGAUUCUUUGGUGCCGGUCUCUGGGAUUAUAGGGUGUCUGCUACCAAGGGGACGCGCCAAGGUCGUCAUAGAGAAGGUGUUGUUCGGACGAGAGUGGGAUAGUCGGGGGAGGAGCGGUGCUUCAUGAGGUUCAAGAAUUACUUGCUGGGGUGGCUAGUGGUAGGGUCCAAUUUGUAGGCAGGGAGAACAACAUGGUAGUCCAUAGGAUAGCUCAAAAAACCCUUUCUUUGUUUCCUGUUCUUACUGAGGGGUUUAAUUUUUACGAUUGGCUCCAUUCGGAGUUGUAAUCGUUUGUGAUCUUCUGGUUUCUUGGUAAUGCAAACUAUCUUUUAUAAUAAUAAUAAAAAGUAUUCCGACUAAUAAACCAGACUAUUAUAAAACGCGCUGCUACGGAUCGGGAAAUCGCAGGAAACGACAAAGCAAGAAUACGAAAGCGAGAAUCGAAAACACGACACACGAUUUACGUGGUUCACUAACACGAUGUGUGUUAGCUACGUCCACGGGCGAGAGAGAGCCAAUUUCACUAUAUCGAGGAGAUUACAGAGUAGUAUGAGAAGUAUUUAUAGUACUUCUCCAUGUGGGUCUAAACCUAAUCCAAUAUGGCAAAGGAAACGGUUACAGACCAGGCCCAGAACCCGAUUAUCACUCGUAGCUGCUGAUAGUCCGAUUCAAGUCACAUCAACACAGACGUUAAUCUAGUAUAUAACGAAGUGUGGUAUCACUUGCACCUUGCCAUCCCCAUCAAAGUGUCAUUUCUCUUUGCGUUUAAUUUGUACCAUCACUCCUUGUGCAUGCUCUUCAUCUUCAUUUCCUUGGGAGCAAAGGUUUCGCCUUAGACAUCUCAACAAACAAAUGGCUAUGAAGUAUUCUUGAUGUCUAUUACUUCCUCCUCAAGGAGAAGGUGGUGUGCAAUGUCAUCAAGCCUUUGACUUUAAAGUCAACUCAACAACCAUGGAAGUCACUAAGCCUCUAUGACACUGAGCAUAACGAUUUCGACUCUUAAAGUAGUAGCAAAUGGAGAACUGAUAAGCUAUAAUAUAUCGAACGAGCUAAGAAAAGUACGAAUUCUGAUCAUGGCCAAUUUGGUAUGGCCUGCUGCCCUCAAAACUCCUCCAAAUCAAUUGGGAUUGAAAUAACAGUGGGCUUAGUAUUUGGGCACCAAAUAUAAGGCUCCAAAUUUCUGAUCCAAGCUCCAUUCUUUAACCUCAGUCCAAUCCCAAAACCCCACUGUUCUCUUUGAAUCCUAGAGGCAACUUUCGCUUGGCAGACUCUUCUUUUUUCUGCAAGAAAAGUCGAUCUCCAGUAUAUUACUGUUCCUAAUCCAACUACUGUGUCAAAUCAGACCAUAUGAGAACGAGACGUCAAUCUUAUAUACAGCAAGCAACCUACUACUAGUAGGUAGAGGUGUUAAAUCACCAUCGCCAAUCGACCAUAUAUCAGCCACAGAUACAUCUGCAAAAUUUCCAACGAGGUUUGUAUCCACAUGACCUGUGUUGAUGUUCUUCCAUCAGUUCUUUCAGCGGUGAACAACCCUUCCACGGAAUCUCACAGCAGUACAAAUUUGGAAGAAGAUAUUCAUCGGUGUAUAAGCAGACAUGAUCUCUUGAUUUUGAAUGAUGUCAUAUUCAGUGGCGAGAUUAAAAGAUUCUUUAUAUUUUAACUUUUUAAUUGACUUUUGUAUUUUUCUUUUAAUUUGAACUUUUUUAAAAAUUGUACAAAUAGAGGAGUUCAUUGUAAUCUACAAAAUGAUAUUCAUUUGAGAUAUAUUUUGAGAAUUUUUUUUUAUCACUCGUCAGUCACCUUAUACUACUCCAGACAACCUUCAUUUUUAACUCAAAAUCUGAAACUGUUUACAUAGAAGGAACUGGUUAAUAUGCUAAUCUACAAAAUUUAUGGAAAACAUUAGUAUGUAGGACCAAAUAUACCAUCUUAUACCAAGAUGAUAUAUGGAGACAACUGGUGGUAGACGGCAGUGAAAAGUGGUAAAUGAUAGUUAUUAUAUUUUUAAUAUUACGUAUAUAAUCAUUUUACAGUAUGAUAUUGGUAUAUUCAUAAUACCAUGAUAUAGAUUGGUUAUAUAAAUUUCCAAAAAAAAAAAUAUUUCAAAGAUAUAUCAAAUAUUUCACGAAACCUUUUAACUUCCAAAGGAGAUAUAGCAAUUUAUAUUUAAUCGGAGAGAAAAUUAUCGACCCGAUUUUUACCUGAUCCACUCUCAUGCAGCUAUGCUCAUUCGCGAGAAGAGGGUAUUAUAAACCAGACUCUGAUAUCAUGUCAAGAACCAGUUGAUCCCAAUAAUUCGAGUUGUUGGGAGAAAGUUAUGUUGGAUCUUAUACAGGUCCAUGUAUGGUACUUAACCACUUCCUUAUGGAGGAGGCAGAGUUUGUCACCUCAGGAAAAAAGAAAUUAAAACAUGCAUGCUUAUAUUGCAUAAUUACCCAAAUAAUUUGUCGGCAAGACACCAAAUUUAACCCGGCACAGCAACAGCCACACAUAAAAAGAAACCAGCAGAGGCGCAGAGCAGACAGUACUUCUAUCAAAACUCUGCCUAUAAAAAUCCCACGACUACAAUACGUCUUUUUAAUCUAUAUUAACAUACAUACAAUACAAGCUCGAUCUUCCUUGCCCCCUGUAAGGCUGUAACUAUGUCUGCGAGGAAGGUCGUUCACGUUCUGGCACUGCUGCUGUUGGCUGCAAUAGGCAACAACGGCAACGGCGGCGGCGGCGGAGGAGGAACGUUUAUUUUGUUGGUGCAAGGGCAAACCAUAUGCAACAUACCGGUGGCGGGGCUGAGAGCUUGCAAGCCGGCGGUGACUCCUCCGAGACCUUCCCAACCGACGGCGGACUGCUGUGCGGCACUGUCGCACGGAGACUUCCGCUGCCUGUGCUCUUACAAGACCUCCCCUUUGCUUCCUUCCCUCGGGAUCGACCCCAAGCUUGCCGUCCAGCUCCCGCGGAAGUGCGGCCUUCCAGCCCCUCCAUGUUAAUAGAUGAGAAGAUCAUCUAUUUUGUGCCGGUGAAGGACGUCGUUUCCAUAUGUUACCGGCCAUAAUUUUCCCGGCAAGGUACGGUGCCGGGGAGAGCUCCGGCCGGCGGUAUUACUAGUGAAUAAAUUACUUGGUGUUAAAAACCAAACGUUUGCGUUUAAUUAGCAUGCAGGAAGAAAAAAAAAAGUGGCUAGUUGCCUGUUGAAUGUAGUAAUUGCUCCUGUGGUAAAAAGAGGUGGUAAUUAAAUAUUUAAAUAAAACGAAACCUUUUUCGAUAAGAUAUUGUUCGUUUUGAAGUGCACACGAAGAUAACUUCUCGUGAGAUCACUCGUUCUUGUGGCUAGGGGGUGCUUGUAUGGUCCGGUCCGGUUAAAUUGGCCUGAAUUGAUCCGGUCCCAAUCCGGUUUUUUUCGGGAAUAUAAGGACCAAAGAUUGGAUUGGAUACAGUCCGGUCUUGACCCGGUCCAGUCCCAAUUCGGUCUUGAUUUUAGAUUGAACUUGUGGGGAUUUGAGUGGCGUGAGACCUCAAAGGGUGAGGAGUUGGUUAAAUUUUGGGUAUUAGGGUCUCUUAUCCGGUCUUUAUCCGGGUUUUUAGCCGGUCUCAAACAAGUUUUUUUUACCACAAAUCUAAACCCGGAUAUGGGAUUGGAUUGUUUGCUAUCCGGUUCCGGUCCUGUCCCGAUCCGGGUUAUACGGUCCGUUUCAAGUAAAAUCAAAUAGUCCGGACCAAAUAGCCAGCCCUACUUGCAGCAGUGCUCUACAGUGAGCACGUUUAAUUUUCAGAGUUCUUACAAAGAGCUUCUCCUCCAUUUCAUCCCGAAACACGUUUUUGUUAGUCAUUUGGUGUAGCCAGGGAAAUAUUUCAAUGGGGUCCAAGAACUAUAUGAAAAUAAAAACCACAGGACUCGUUAAUCGUAACUCAAGAUAGUGUAAUGGUGCAGUUGGUGUCUCAUAUUCAUGGGUCCAUGGUUCAAUUCAUGGAUGCAUCAACUAUAUUUUCAUUCAUUUUUUAAAGUGCACACAUUUUCAAAUGGGGUCCAUUGACCCCACACCACAUAAUGUGGCUCCGCCAAUGUAAUGUUAGUUAAUAUCGAUUUCUUAUUUGUGAUCUCGCUCACGUUAUUUAUCAAUAUUAAAUUUAGCUAAAAUGUUACAUGUACACCAUUGUGAUAUUCGUAAGUAUUUGCAGCAAACAUUAAGACUCUGUCAAAGUGGGCGGGCGCGCGAAAGUGCUGAAGCAGAUACAUCAUUAAUGUCAUCUAUUCUUAGUAGGUUAACGUAAGAUACAGAGGUGUGAAGUGUGUCAAAGUGCAUGCAUGCCAUAAUACCUCAAUCUUAAUUUAUUGCUAUAGAUCAUCACGUCAGUAUGAUGGGAUUGAAGAAUCGUUCCUGGUGGAGUUAUUAGUACUUUAGGACAUUGGCAUUUGGCAGAGUCAAUAAUAUGAAUGAGGAGGGUUGGUUGAACCGUAAUAAUCGAAAGGAGGCUAAAUUAUUACUGACUAGUUUAUUUUUUAAAUUUAUUACGAAUUUUACAUAUAAUCUUACCUACAUUUGCAACUAACUCCUCCACUGCUGCUUUCGGAUGCGCUUUGUUUGGGAUUUUGAUGGUGUUUUUUUCGUCGGUGAUGCGAAAGGUGGUCUGAUUUGAAUGAGGGGCGGAUUUGAACCGUGAUAACUAUGGAAGGGGAGUUAAGACCUUACGGAUUACUCAAUUUCCUAAACUUGUUACGAAUUUUACAUGUAAUUUCUCCUGCAUUACAAAUUUGAGGGGGCUAUAGCCCCUCCCGACUUCAACCUAACUCCUUCAUUGAUUACCUUGUUUGAAAGCAAAAUUAUUUACCAGAUCUUUAAUUUUUUGCAUUCUCACUAUGAUCAUUCACAAUCACUGUCGUACCUGAUACAUUAACGAUUUAUAGAGGCAUUUUAAAAUACAAAUAUGAAUUAAGC